AUGUUCUCUUCAAGAUCUCCAGCGAUUGCUGUGUUUGCACUGCUCUUUCUGUUUCUAUCUUUGGUGCAAUCCACGAAUAUUCAGGCUGGACCCGCUGAACGAGAAAUCGAAGCCCGAGUCGUUUACGAUUCCAAAUCAAAUACACUCACAAACAAGGAUAUUGCGCUGGAAGAGAAAAGAGCCACAAGUACCCAAGACGAAACUGUUUUUGGUGGGAUAGAUCAGAGCAUCGGGCAACCUUGCGACGAACCCGAGGAAGACUUGAAGCCUCGUAUCAAACCUCGCACCGCCUCAUCGACAGCACUCUACUUUCAGACUACAACGCCGUCUUCAGGUCCUACUGCAACACCAUCAACCGGGUUGAGUGCGCAAUGUGUCUGUACCGAGACUGGCUGUACACCCGAGUCUCCGCCAUGCUGCGCUAAUGGAAGCUGCGAUCUACGUGCUGAGAGUGAUGGUGGGGAAGGGUUGCGGUUGCGCCUGACAUUUUGUAUUACCAUAUUUGCUGUUGUGUUUUCUUUCUUGUUGUGUUGA